CGGUAACUCCAUAUCUCCCCCGUUUCGAUCCGUAUUCAUUUCUGGUCCCGGCCAUUGCCGAUUGGGAUUCCAUGGCGAGCAGCAACCCCGAUCUCGAGGGCGAGGCAGCGGAGGCCGCUGCCGUCGAGGACGAGGAGACCGCUGCCGUCGAGGACGAGGAUACCGGAGCUCAAAUCGCACCUAUCGUCAUUCUCUCGGAGGUCUCCGUCACCACCGGCGAGGAGGAUGAGGACGUCCUGCUCGAUCUGAAAUCUAAGCUUUAUCGGUUCGACAAGGAAGGCAACCUGUGGAAGGAGAGGGGCACGGGUAAUGUGAAGCUUUUGAAGCACCGGGAGACCGGAAAGGUUCGUUUAGUGAUGCGACAGGACAAGACGCUCAAGAUCUGCGCCAACCAUCUCGUUAUUCCAUCGAUGAAGAUUCAGGAGCAUGCGGGGAAUGAUAAGUCGUGCGUGUGGCAUGCUGCGGAUUUUGCUGAUGGGGAAUUGAAGGAAGAGAUGUUCUGUCUUCGCUUCGGUUCUGUAGGAAACUGUAGGAACUUCAUCGAGAUGGUUGAGGGCAUCACAGAGUCUCUUCAAAAGAGUGCAGCAGAAGAGAGCAAGGAAUCCGCAGAUGCUGCUGAACUCUUGCUUAACUUGAGGGUAGAUGACAGCAAAGAAACAAAGGCCGCAGAGGUUCUAUCUGUUGAUGAUUCAAUCAAUCCAGAAGACGCCAAAUCAACAACACAAACCAAAGAUGAGGAACAACCCAAGGAGUGAUACUUGUCCAGCUUAUUAGAAAUGUAGUAUUUGCUGGCCCCUUUACAUGGAGACCUUGCAUAUGCAGUUCAAAUUUGUUCAGGUGUUUGAAGAGGUGGAUCAAGGUUGGUGGUCUUCUGGUAAGCAUAUAUUUGACAUCAGAAAGUGAAGUCUCGAUGGAAUUUGAUUUGCAUUCAAAUCAUGUUUGGUUUCAUCAUGGAAUUUGCCGUUUAUAUUCUUGUUGCAUGAUUUCAUUACUCCCUCUUACGUUACAUGGGUUCAGCUUUUUGUUUUUGACUAGGGGAAUUGAUCGUAAUAUAUUGAAUAUUGUCGUUUGAACUUGUUCCUGAACCUUAUUUUCCUUA